AUGCAGGAGUCCCAGAAAACGCUGUUCCUCAUCCUCGCACUAAGCUAUGUGCUGGUCAAUGUUUCAGGCGAUUGUAAUACUUGUCAGUCCAAUAAUGUGGCGUGCGUAAACGCGACCCAUUUCAAGGUCUGCUACGAUAAUGUGCGUAACGAUGAGAAUAUUAUGGAUUGUGGCGAGGGCAAGGUCUGCACAGAUUUGGGCAUCAUUUGCUUCAAUGAAGGAUUUUAUGAGCCCUCCUGUGAUCCAACGGCUGCUGAAGCCAACUGCAGGACUUGCGAUGGCAACCGUCUGUUCGUUUGCACGAGUCGAACCACUUUCCAAAUGUGCAAUGGCAAUACACUGGGCCCCCAGGUUAGCACCUGCCCUCCAAACAAAGUCUGCUCGAUAGAUUCGGGUGAAUUCUGUGUGGAUGAGUGCGAUGUGCCCGGCCAAAUCGAGUGUAACAUUCCUGCGCCCUAA